AUGGCAGUAGACCAGUCGGUAAGAUCGACCGAGUCUACGUUCGACCAACAAACCAAGGAACAUGUCCAAUCCGGUGUUGCAGGGGAACUUAAUGAUGACUCGAUUGUACACAGCGAUACCAACUUCAAUGGAAAAAGUUCAGAGAAUCCGGCAUUGCGGUUGACCGCCGACGAUGGCACAGAGACUGAACUGGACGAUGUCAAAAAUGCUGAGCUUGCCUCUGGUGAGCUCGUGAGAGCUAUGACGGGACUGGAGAAUGACCUCUCCGCAGUGAGAUCAGCAAUCCAGUCAAAGACCCCGUCUGAUGUCCAAACUAUUGUUAUCGACCAUGGUGACACGGCACAAUUACAGCAACAAGACCAAAAUGCUCAGGUUCCUAUUCCUGCGUCACCUGGAAACGAUCUCGCGGGUAUCGGCGGGACGCUCAGAGAGGGAGAGAUGGAAGUCGACACUCACCUCGAGCUGUCGGACACGGAAAGCGAGGAAGCAGACAAUCUCUGGAGCUUGCUCGACGACAACCUCAUCACCCCACCGCCACACGAUGGCAAGAAGUUUCUACCAUUGAACGAACUCCGCAGGAUCAUCGCAAAGCCCAAGGUGCAUCGAGCGCUGAGAAGCUCUUUCUCGAACGAUAAGGCUUUUGAGUAUGCCAACGCCGUGUGCAAUAGGACAAGUUACAACAACAACCAACAGACGACGCGGCAAAGGAUGUUCGCCAUCCUAGUGCUCACAGAAAACAUUGGCGCUUUACCCAGUCUCAUUGAUGAGGACCUUCACGACGCACAUCUCCCUUUCGAGGCAGAUAGGGACGAAGGUAAGAAGAAAUGGUACUUGUAUCGCAAAGGAGAGAACGGAACUCGCAUCCGAUUCGAGGGAAGUCUCAAGUGGAAGAAUCCGAAGAUCAAACUCUUUCAUGAGAAGCAGUGGCUCUUUCUUUCUCCUUUUUUCAACAUGCUGGCAAACAAACCGUUGGCGUAUCCUCUCGAACCCAUGGUCAUUCUCCCCUUCCUUGAAGGGGCUGAGGGGCAACAUGACACGGUCUAUGGUGGUUACAGCUCGGUAUGGAGAGUUAAGAUCCACCAUGCGCAUCACAACUAUACACACCGUGCGGAACCCUAUUUUGCUAUCAAAAAGCUGCUUUCUAUCGACGAGCCUGCCUUCAACCAAGAGCUUCAGGCGCUAAAGACGUUUAACCUUGAAGGCCAUGAACACCUGACCAAGCUGCUAGCGACGUACGAAUAUCAUGGCCACCGGUUUUUCCUUUUUCCAUGGGCAGACGGUAACCUCCGAGAGUUUUGGGAGAGAUUUCAACGUCCAAAACCAAGUUACCUACUCGUGAAGUGGAUAGCAAAGCAGUCCGCUGGUUUAGCAUCAGGUCUCGAGCUCAUUCAACAUCCGCCGCGGGAUACAAUGAAGGUGGAAGACCCUAAGAACUUUGGUCGACAUGGGGACUUGAAGCCAGAGAAUGUGCUAUGGUUCAAGGACAGCGAUCAACUUCAGAACAUGCCGGGCAACGGGACUCUCAAGAUUACGGAUUUCGGCCUGACCCGAUUCCACCGAGACAUUACUAAGUCCAAGGACAAUGCUCGAGGACUUGGCGUUUCAUUGACAUACAAGGCACCCGAGGUCGAUGUAGUUGACCGUGUCUCUCAGGCUUACGACCUCUGGACUAUGGGUCUACUCCUUCUAGAGUUCGUGACUUGGUACCUUAAAGGAUGGGAGGGCGUCGAUGAAUUCUCUAAAAACCGAUCAAAAGACGACAAGGGGAACGAGUUUAGUAUGGAUACAUUUUAUAACCUUGAAACGCAAAACGGAAGGACCGUCGCUACUCUGAAACCUUCGGUCAAGGAGGGACAGUGGACUCAGAAGUUACACAAAGACUCUAACUGCUCUCUCUUUCUCCAUGCUCUAAUCACUUACAUAUCGCAUCAUCUGAUCCGGGUAGAUCGCAAUGAGAGACACACGAGCAGGGAAGUGGCACAAAAACUGAGGGAUAUGGCCGGAAAAUGCGCAAGAGAUUCGCAAUAUGCGUGGCGUGGAUGUCCUAAGCCUCCGAACAAGUCCGACACCGCCCGCACUGACAACACUGUCUCAGAUGACGGCUAUGGGGGCGUAGAUCGCCGGGAAGCUGUGGAUUCAUGCCACCCUUCCCCGGAGAUUUGCGGCCACGAUCUCUCCAAACCAGAUCCCAUGGAAGAUGUCGUUGCGCUGGAUGAUCUGCUCGAAGAUACUCCUACACAUAACCGCAGAGUCCUCGCCAAUGGGUCAGACAUUAUGCCUCCUCCCAGAAGCAACUCCGCCCAACAGGCGCUACACGAAGAAAACACAGACCCAAAGGAAUCCAUCAAGCUAUUUACGUCGACACUGACGGAUAGCCCUCCUCCUAGCCCACAAUUCACUAGCCAGGCAAGCACAAUCACCGAGAACAGUGAUGAAGGGCGCUUCACGUUGAAAAGGGGUCGGUUCGAUUACUUCGAUAACUCACUAGGACGGGAGUUAAAGCAGCCAAAGCUGCAUGCCAAUGGAAUGGUCUUGAACGGACAAGAUCCUGAUCACCUGCGUCAUAUGCAAUAG